UUUUUUGAAAAAAUAAAAUUAUUUAAAAAAUGACCAAAUACUCAAUUAAUAUAAUCGACAUGGACUCCGACCUCCAGGAUAAAUGCAAAGCUAUUAUCAUAGAUGCCUUUGAUAAACACCUUGAUGAGAAGAAUAUAGCUGAUGAUAUUAGAAAGAAGAUUCAGAAGGAACAUGAGCCUUCCUGGAACUGUAUUGUGGGCAAACACUUUGGAGCCCAUGUAGUUCAUCAGACCAAUUGCUACCUCUUCUGUAGUUACGGAGAGCUAUCCAUCUUGCUGUGGAAAUCUGGCUAAAGAGAGUAUCUUUGAAACUUUUUCAUUGUAAACAUUAUC